UCACUAACGACACCCAGCUCCAGCUGAAAUAGCAUUACGCGACCUAGCGAGUAAUCUUGCUAGCUAGCCACCGGUAACUUAAUGCUAGCUAACACAGACAACUGACAAUUGAGGGGUCAUGUAAGAUUAGUUGCCUAGUUAGCAACGCUAUGUAGUUAGAUCACUUUGUAGCUUUGUGUACUACACAUAAGGUAGUUGGCUAGCAGGACAAUAAGUAAUCUAGUGUUAGAAUAUUUUAUUAGUCCAUUUCUCAACUGAGUUUAAAGGUGUCAACCAUCAAAUUAUUUGUUGCAGCUACCGCUUUGUGAUGAAUCCAACUUGCAUCCCAUAGUCUUGGUUACUGAAUAUAGGACCACACCUGACCUCUGAGGAAAGAAGGAAACUGACCCUCGUUUGACUGUUGCGGUAGCUAGCUAGCUAAAAGCAUCCAUGGUGCCUCGAGACAACCCGUCGACAAGCCCUCACGAGAAGGCACCAGCAGCCUCUGCGUAAUUCGAACUUUCUUGGCUGUAGUCGAACCGAAACAACUAACGUUCAAGGAAACCCGUCCAGAUACAAAGAAAACUACAGUUGAAGGACAUCGCUGUCUUGUAUUCCAGUUGCCAUCUGUAUAGUUCUUGGCAUGCACAUCUGUGAACUCCGGCAAGUGUACCCAUAAGGCGUCCUAAUGGAACCCGGUGGCGAUGUGGCGCUGGAUAUCAUCGUUUCCAACGUCGUGGCCGUCUUUAGAGUCAGAUGUCAUCUGAAUCUGCGGACCAUUGCACUAGAAGGAUUGAAUGUCAUAUACAAACCAGAAGUCGGGAAAGUGUUGAUGAAGCUACGUAAACCGAAAAUCACCGCCUCUAUCUGGUCCUCAGGAAAAAUUAUUUGCACUGGAGCAACAAGUGAAGAGGAUGCCAAGCUUGGUGCCCGAAGGCUCGCUCGCGUCUUGCAGAAACUUGGUUUCAAGGUGAGGUUCUCGGACUUCAAGGUGGUAAACGUUCUGGCUGUCUGCUCUCUGCCCUUUCAAAUCCGUCUCAUCCAGUUCGCCAAGAACAACCGGCCCAUCGCCAGUUACGAGCCGGAGCUCCACCCUGCUGUUUCAUACCGCAUUAAACACCUCAAGGCUACAAUACAGAUCUUCUCCACCGGCAGCAUCACUGUCACAGGACCAAGUGUUCAGAAUGUGGCCACUGCGGUGGAACAGAUCUACCCGCUGCUGUUCGAAUGUGGGAGAGCACUGAGAUAAACACACAAACACACACACACACACACACACACACACACAGAUACACAUAGAAAUGCACCUUACAUAAUGUGUUUUUAGUUGAUAAUUGUUUUCGUUUCUUUUCUGUGCGAGUGGCAGCCUUUGCCAUUUUAAGUGUGGCACCUGGUCCUCUGAAACCCUGAUAAUGUCUCCUCCCUACUUCCAGUCCCAGAGCUGAGUUGAGCAUGCCACUGGAUGUUGGCAUGGUUAUCACUCUAGUCUCCGUCCACCUGAGCUGAGUUGAGUUUGAGAUGUUGGCAUGGUGAUCACUCUAGUCUCCGUCCACCUGAGCUGAGUUUGAGAUGUUGGCAUGGUGAUCACUCCAGCCUUGGGCAGCACUCAUGAUUCAGAGGAGCACACCCUGAAAAAAGCCCUCAAAACACUGAGGACUCCUGGGGUAUGAAGUUUAAGGCCUAAAUCAACCUGACUGUUGUAUUAAAUCGUUGUGCUACGAUUGUCAUUGUAAGUGAAAGAGAGUGUUGAAUGUGGGAGUCUCUACUGUUAAACAUUGGUCGUAGCACAAGGAAGGGCAGGGAGACACAGUCCUGAACAGUUCUUAUCGCCAGUCCUUUAGCGAUCACUAAGAUCAGGUGAAUGUGUGUGUGAGAGAGGGGCCGUGCACAACCGUCCGUGUGUGUGUGAGUAUGUAUGUGUGUAAAGAUGGGAUGGGAAAGGAUCUUGUGUUUUUACCAUGUGAACUGACUGGCGAGUCAUCUCCUUUUUUCACAUCAACAUCUAUAACUGCACAUUACACUUGUACAUUGUUAUUUUUUUGUCUUUUAAGAAUAAUUUUAUCUCUGUAUUUUACUACACGUAUUUUUGGCCAUGUACUGUCAACGUACUGUCUUAACAAUAAUAACACUUGUAAAACUUGUAACACUUGAAAUCCUUCCAUCAAGAGUGACCCCAGACACGUAGGUCGUCUACCUGUCUACUCUCCUGCAAGCUUAAGCCCUCCUGCUAUGAAAUAAUAGUUACAACUCUCAAGCUCUUUUCGUGAAGGGCAUGUCCUGUGGGAGAUGUCAUGUUUAAAUUUUUUGUAUUUUGUAAAAAAAAAAAAAAAAAGAUUCCAAAUAAAAAAAGUAUAUACCCCACAAACACAAUGCUUUAUGUCAUGUUUGACUGGUCCUUGUUCAAAAAGGUAGUACCUUGUGCAACAUACGUUUUAAAUGUAACAUGUAAUGUUUUAUGAGUGAAGUCUGGGCCAUCUCACCUCACACUUUUGACGAUGAGAAAACAAAGUGAGGGUGCCAGCCUUGUGACCUUGAAGUCUUUCUUAAAAAGAAAAA